UAAUGGAAUGGAUUAACCCAAUCCCUUACAAUUUGUUUGGUAUAAAAAAUUAGAAACCCAAUCCAUUUCCUACAAGUAACCCAUUCCCCUCAAAUGUUUCAGCUCAUUAUGGAGAGGUAACAUUGUUUCAGCCCAUUUUGUAUACCUAAUUCCAGACCAUAAAACCUUCAAUUUUUCCUCUCCUCUUCCUGAACUCUCAGAUUUAAAUCCCUAAUUUCAUUUUUUUUCAUUUCUACGUCUUCCAUGGCAGAGUAACUUCUCUUUCUUCAGUCUUCACAGCUCAUAGAUAAAACGAUAAGUGUUUGGGAGCUUCUAAAGCCUAAGCUGCCUUGAAUCCUGACAGAGCUUCUAAUUAAUUCUCAUAAAUGGAUCGAAUUAUGCAAUCCUUACGGAGAAAAAGACGUCUAAAACAACUUCAAUUGGUAUUACAAAUGUAGUUGUAGUUCUUAUGAUAUAUUGGGUUUGGUAUAUGACAAGUAUUGCUAUGGUUAGGGGUGUUCAAUUGAUCCAAAGUAAAAGAGAUAGAAAAAUAUUGCGCUUAAAAAUUAUGCAUCGCUUAAUACAAGAAAGUGAUGUGCAUUGCAAAAGUGAACUUCGGGUUAAUAGAAAAACCUUUAAUAUUAUUUGUGAGAUGCUUAAGGAGAUUGGAGGCCUCACUCGGACAAAAAAUAUGUCUCUUGAUGAGAUAGUUGCCAUGUUUUUGUACACUUUAGCUCACCAUAAAAAAAAUAGAUCUAUUGCUCACUUUUUCAUAAGAAGUGGAGAGACCGUGAGUCGGCAAUUCAACUUAUGUCUGAGGGCUAUACUUAAGUUGCAUGAGCAUUUGCUUUACAAGCCCACACAAAUAUUAGAAGAAUGUGAAGACGAAAGGUGGAAACCUUUUAAGAAUUGUUUAGGAGCAUUGGAUGGUACCUACGUAAAUGUAACUGUACAUCCCCAAGGUCGUGGUAAAUAUCAGACAAGAAAAGGUACCAUUGCUAUGAAUGUGUUGGGUGUUUGUGCACCCAACAUGCAAUUUAUCUAUGUUCUUCCGGGUUGGGAAGGCUCUGCUCACGAUGUUCGUGUUCUUCGCAAUGCUCUCACUAGGCCAAAUGGCUUUAGGGUUCCUAGAGGUAACUAUUAUUUGGUCGAUAGGGGUAUACAAACUGUGAGGGUUUUCUUGCUCCAUAUAGAGGGCAACUAUAUCAUCUUAAGGAAUGGACAGAUAGACAACCACAAACUGCAGAAGAGUAUUACAAUAUGAAGCAUGCUCGAGCAAGAAAUGUAAUUGAAAGAUGUUUUGGGUUACUUAAAGGGAGAUGGAGUAUACUUAGAAGCCCCUCCUUUUUCCCUAUUCGAACUCAAGGACGUAUUGUGAUGGCUUGUUGUUUACUUCAUAAUUUAAUAAGGAAAGUGAUGCCCACAGAUGAUGUAGAAGAAGAGAAUAUGAGUAAUGACAAUUCUGAUAACGAUUCUGAUGAUGAAGUUGAAUACAUUACUACAAUAGCUACUUCUGAUCGAUGGACUAAUUAUAGAAAUACGUUAGCUCAAGAUUUGUUUAAUGCUUGGAGGGCAAGAGUUAGACAAGGUACUUGAAAUGGAGGUGAAUACCAUUAUCCAAGAGGGAAGUAGUAGAGGGAGGGGCAAGAAUAAGCGCUUUUGGACAUGUUAAGAAGAUUCGAUGCUUAUAAAGUAUUUACACCAAUUGUCUACUGAUCCUAAGUGGAAAGGUGAGGGCGGUUUUAAAAAUGGUUACAUGAGUAGGUUGGAAGAGUUGAUUAAUGGUGAGCUUCCUAGUUGUGGUUUGAAGGCUUUUCCGCACAUUGAAUCAAGAAUCAAACAUUGGUCAGAGAAAUACAGUGCACUAGCUGAGAUGUUAUCUACUUCGGGAUUUGGAUGGGAUGCCGAUAAGAAGAUGUUGCAAGUAGAGAGAGCAGUGUUCGAUGAAUGGGCAAAGGUAAAGUUCUGGGAUCUUUUAUACAUUACUUUGUGAAUAUUGUGCAAAAGGUCUACUCGUAUGUUUUUGUUUCUUGUUGAUUUGACUUUAUUCAAUGUACAUGAGAGUAGGGUCUGUUAGGAUUGUGAGCAGGGACUGUAGCAGUCCACAUGAUUGCUUCAAUAUUUUAUUUUUUGUUUUGGAAUAAGUUCAUAAGAAGGCUAAAGGAUUGUAUGGGGUACAUUUUCCUCACUAUGACAUCCUUGAGGAGAUUUAUGCUAAAGAUAAGGCCACGGGUGAUCAAAGUGAGUCUUUUGUGGAAGCAAUCAAUUGCAUAGAUGUUGAAGUUACAAAGAAGUCAAUUUUCAUAGCUAGUGAUGAGGAGGAUGAUGCUGAUUCAAGAAGUCGGUCAACUACUCACUCUAUACAAUUCAAGAAGCGCUCGAUUAAACAAGAGAAUGAUAAUUCAAGAUCUUCAAAAGAACCCAAGCUCAAGGAAUUGAAACGAAAGAAAAAUCUUCAAAGUGAUGUUGAUAAUUUGGUUUCUUCUCUUCAUGAAGCUACAAGUAAUUUCGGGAAAAUUUUUGAUAAUAUUAAUGUUAAUCUUGGCACAAUGGCUAAUGCGUGGGCCAAAGCCGAGGAGAGAGAGCAGAAGAUGGAUGAAAAAGUGAAUAAAGUCUUGGAAGAGGUUAUGAAAUUAGAUGGCAUCUCACCCUCUGAAGCUUUAGAAGUAGCUACAAUUCUCAUUGCUGAAGAACACAAGCUUCGCAUCUUUUAUCAAGCUCAUUCGAACCUCAAGAAACAAUAUGUGCUCGAUCUUCUUAAGAAAAAAUGAAAGCGGUCUUCUAAAAAGACAUGAGUUGAGAUGUUGUUAUUAGUGGUUGAACUUGUAGUAUGUGCUUGCAGAUUAUUAGUUGAAUACUUGCAUAAUAGUAUUGCAAAUUGCUAUGUUUUAUCUUAUAGGCUUGAACUAUGUUGAGUUUUAUCAAAGAAAUCUUGUUUAAUGUUUGCUUAAGUUAAUUUUUGUUCAAAAA